AAGGAUUUGCGGAUUAAUAUGAAACCAGAUUGACGUGGCUGAAAACACCGUACUGACAUUCGUGUACUCAAUAGAAGAACAACGUCCAGCAACACGUUUACGCCGAAUUCGGCAUCAGAUAAACCAACUGGUGACAAUCAUGGUGCUGCUGGCAGCAGCGGUGUGCAACAAGACGGGGAAAGCGAUCAUCUCCCGACAGUUUGUUGAGAUGACCCGCUCUCGUAUAGAAGGCUUGUUGGCGGCCUUCCCUAAACUCAUGAACACAGGCAAGCAGCACACCUUUGUGGAGACGGAGAGUGUGCGCUAUGUGUAUCAGCCCCUUGAGAAACUCUAUGUGGUUCUGAUCACCACCAAGGCCAGUAACAUCCUCGAGGAUCUGGAAACUCUCCGGCUCUUUGCCCGGGUGAUACCAGAGUACUGCAGAAACAUGGAGGAGACGGACAUUGUAGAUCAGGCCUUCCCGCUCAUCUUUGCGUUUGACGAGGUUGUUGCUCUAGGGUAUCGUGAAAACGUUAACCUGGCACAGAUUCGCACCUUCACAGAGAUGGACUCACAUGAGGAAGCAGUAGCAAAGUCUGUCAGAGAGACACAAGAAAGAGAAGCCAAGGAUCUCAUGAAAAAGCGAGCAAAGGAACUUCAGGUACAGCGCCGCGAUGCACAGAAAGGUGGAGGUCGCAAUUCCGCAUUUGGUGGGGGGUUUGGAAAUUCCUCCUACUCUUCAUCGUCCCAAAGUACAGUGAUGGACACACCUGUUGACACACCUAAGCCCUCUUACACAGCCUCCGCCAGUCGACCGAGUGGUGGAGGAAAAGCCCUGCGUCUGGGCAGUAAGAAGAAGGAUGUCGACACAUUUGUUGGACAGCUCGAGUCGGAGGGAGAGAAGGUAUCCAAGGCAACAACAUCCUUGUCUACGACAGUGGCCAAGGCCAGUACACCAGCAGUUGACCAGGACGGUGUACACAUCGCAAUAGAAGAAAAGAUCUCUGUGUCAGCCGGCCGUGAUGGAGGUCUACACAACAUGGAGAUACAUGGAAUGUGCAAGGUCAAGGUGAACGACUCAGAUUAUGGUCGUAUCAAGGUCAACAUGGUGAACAACGAUAAGCGAGGCAUUCAGAUGCAGACUCAUCCAAACAUAGACAAGAAAUUGUUCAACUCUACAUCAACUGUGGUUCUAAAGAAUCCCGACAAGCCGUUCCCUAUCGGCCAAGAUGUGGGCGUCCUGAAGUGGAGGUUCCAGUCCCAGGAUGAGGCCAACAUGCCCUUGUCAAUAAACUGUUGGCCAAAUGAGACCCCAGAGGGCUGCGAGGUGAAUAUAGAGUAUGGACUGGAACAGCAAUCAUUGGAACUUCAGGAUGUACUCAUCACAAUCCCUCUCCCGUCCGGUGUGGGUGGCCCGGUGGUUGGCGACUGUGAUGGCGAGUAUCACUAUGAGAGUCGGAAAAACCAGCUCCAGUGGUCCCUCCCUGUUAUAGACAAAUCCAAUAAGAAUGGCAGUCUCGAGUUCAGUAUAGCUGGCCAUCCAGACGAUUUCUUUCCCGUCGAAGUUACAUUCGUGUCCAAAUUAUCAUACUGUGAUUUGCAGAUAUCUGAGGUCCUGAUGUUGGACGGUGAACAGCCAAUUAAAUAUUCAUCAGAAACCCUGUUUUAUGUGGACAAAUAUGAAUUUGUGUAGGAAUCAUGGACCAUUAUGUUUUAAUUCAUUCAUCUUUGGAGACGUUUUGGCAGCCUAGCAGACUGGUACACGCAUCUAUAGGGAGGGCAUUGUUGAAGGCUAGCAGAUGGGUACACAUGCCAUGCAUCAGACAUAAUUUGGAUGUGUUGUAUUGUAAACAAAGAAAGGUGAUCUGUUUCUGCUGCCUAUGUGAGACAAUGUGCCCUAACAGAUGACUGUUAACACGAGACAACGGACGAUACCUGAACAGCUGCUGCUGCCAAAAUUAGGUGGCAGAUUCUAUUUAAGGACACCAUUCUGCCAGCUUAGAUCGCUGUAGACCUGACGUUUAAAUUAAAGCAGGACUUGGAUGAACUGGAUUGGUUCACUACUCCAACGGAAAGAGAAGUGCUGCAGCUUGAUUGUAUUUUGUGACGUUUAGUCAUUAAACGUGAUAUGGAAUUAGUCUUGCAUGUAUAAAUAUCACAAGUUGAAAUAAUGCAAACUGAUUUCUCUAUCUUUGUCUCGUUGUUAUGGUCUAGGUACAUGACAAUGUUGAGAUAUGCUCCCGACUCGCUUACCUUCGUAGUGAAGGGAUGCCUAGAGACAAUGGUGAAGGCUCUGAAAUAGAUUAUAGGGGACAAAAAUAUAAAAUUGGGGAGUUAUCUCUGUAGGGGACAGAGGGGCAGGGUCUCUUUUUAAGGUCAGUGGGUUCAUUAGGAGAGCUAGGGAUUGGUUGACAUCUUUGGGGAGGGUAUUUAUAUGUUUCAGGGGAGGGGGGGGGGGGGGGAGGACGUUCGUUCAUCUCUGGGGAGGGUUAUUACUUCCGUUAUGGGGCCAGGAGGUCAUUUUACCUCUGUAGAAAGAUCAGAGGGCUCACUUACUUUGGGGAAUUAGCUACAUAUAAUUACAUCUGUAUAAUUGAGAGUUAUUUCCCUUUCUCUCUCGAGUGAUGAUGAUGAUGAGCAGAAUGACAACCUCAUUUCACAGCUUGAACAGUUGGGACUGGUAUAUGGUUCUCAUGAUAUUGUGAACUCGCUGUUUUGAAGCGUUUUAUAUAUUUUAGUACAUGACUUGUGGAGAAUAACACCAGAUCCAGCGGAGAAUUGAGUUACGACAAGUCGUCACUUGAGGAACUCGAUUGGUGAGGAACUUACGUAGAGGAUGGGUGGGUAGAGAGGAGGAAUUAUAGAUAAAUAUAUAUAUAACGGGAGGUGUGUGAGAGACGUGAUGUCACAGUCCGUUGGUCAGUGUGAUGUCCGUCUGUUGGUCGGUGUACCACCUGACCAUAUGCGACCUUGUCAGUCUGUGUUGUAAUAUUUAUAUCUCAAUAAAGACUGGGAACUAAU